GCUCACAGCCCCAUGCAAACUUCUGCUUCCUGCGAGCUGUGAGAUCACUUUUCUCCUGCCACAGAGCGAGUGAGCCAGCUCCUCUGCCAGCGCUGCGGGCACAGCUGGUCCCUCCUCUGCCAGCGCCGCGGGCGCAGCCGGUCCCUCCUCUGCCAGCGCCAACUGGGCACAGCCGGUCCCUGCACAGCCAGCACCGCAGGCACAGCCGGUCCCUCCUCUGCCAGCGCCGUGGGCACAGCCGGUCCCUGCACAGCCAGCGCCCCAGGCAGAGCCGGUCCCUGCACAGCCAGCGCCGCGGGCGCAGCUGGCCCCUCCCCAGUGAGCCCCGCGGGCACAGCCGGCUCCCCGAUGGCCCAGGGCGUCGUUUAUGCCGACCUGAGGUUCGUGAAGGCCCCUCGGGGGAACACUACGGGCUCCAGGUCCCAGGAGGCAGUGCCCGCAGACGAGGAUGAUGCGGAGCUCACCUACGAGAACGUCCGGCUGGCCCAGACUGGGGAGGUGGAGCAGGGGCAAGGGGCAGAGCAGAACAAAGAGCCCGGGUGGAGCACGCGAUACCUGCCCCUCGGCCUGCUGGGGACCUGCCUCUUCCUCCUGGCCACCACCAUCGGCCUGGGGGUUCGCUACUGGCAGGUUUCCCAGCAUCUGCAGCAGGCGUCCCGAGCGCACGAGGCAGAGAGCAGCCGCCUCUCCCAGCAAGUCAGCACCAAGGGGGCGACCCUGGCGCAGACGGCGAGGGAGCUGGAGCAGGCCAGGCAGGAGCUGGGGCAGGCCAGGGAGGAGCUGGAGCGGAUGCAGCUGGAGAUGAACGGCACCCAGGAGCAGCUGCGACAGCGGGAGGCCGCAUUAGAGGGCACGAAGGAGGAGCUGGCGAGGGUACAGGAGGAGAAGAGAGAAAUUAAAGAGAAGCUGAACCAAACAGAGAGCUCCCUGUCCAGCAUCCGCCCCUGCGAGCAGACAGACUGCUGCCCGGCAGACUGGGUGUUGUACAGAGGAAAGUGCCUGUUCGUCUCGAAGGAGAAGAAGAGUUGGCAGAGAAGUAAAGACGACUGUGAACAGAACUCUGCUCAGCUUCUUAUCACCAAAUCCUGGACCUGGUGGAUAAUGCCGAAUUUUCUGAGACAUACUGAUGUGCAGUAUUGGAUUGGAUACAGGAAAGAUGUGAAUAAGGACCCGCAGUGGGUUGAUGACUCAUCCUUUGAAAAUUCGCGCUAUUGGAGUUACAAAAAUGAGAGGUGUGGAACAAUAAAAGGUGGUGUCAUAAGCAGUGAGACAUGCUACAAUGAAAAGCCAUGGAUCUGUGAGAAGGCGCCCAGCCAACCCAGCUCACACAGGCCGUGGUUUCCUUAGAGUCCCUGAAGAGACAAUCAAUGAGAGCCCUACAGGACCCUCCUGCUCUUCCCAGUGACGCGCUCCACCGCCUCCUACCUGGCCUGUGGGAGGGUGUCGGGCCGAGGGCUGUCGGGCGGGUCGUGCACAGACCCCUGCCGCUGGAUCUGUGAGCAGAGUGCCCUCAUCUUGCAGUGGGGCCUCGGCUCUGCCCCUCCCACUUUCCUGUGGGGGAACACGACCUACACCUGCAUCGAUCCGCAGUGAGAGCGGCCGAGGGCCCAGCCCCGGGACCCUGCCCCUGGUGACCUGCUCCCCUCUACUCCCAGUCCUCCUCCCCUCAGGACCCCGGUGACCCAUAGACCCCACCCCCGGGAGCCUGCCACACUGUCUCCCCUCCCCAGACUGGCCCCCCCCAGGAAGCCUGCUGCCCAGGCCCAGACCCCCCAAACGAAGGCCCCACCCUCCUGCCUCCCCAGGUCCCCAGCUGCCCAGGACCUGCCCUGCAGCGUGUGCUCUGCCGCACACGGCCCAUGCCAGCGCUGGCUGUGUCUGAUCCCGGGCGGAGCGCAGGGCAAGGCCGGGCACGGCGCGGCAUCGGCACACGAACAGCAGCAGCUCCUGGCACAUCCCGGCCUCAGCCCAGGCUCCAGCUGGGCCAGACUGCGGCUGCCGCCCGCCCCGGGGUCUGGGCUCCCCUGAGCCCGUCAGGCCCAUGCUCCACUCCGACCAGCGGCCCCAGGUACUGCCCAGGCCCUGACCGUCAGAGCAAUUACCGGGUCAAUGCCCCACUCCGUCAGAGCCAGAACGUCGCUCUCUGGCCCCCGACAGCUGCACUCCUCUGGGGCAACGCAGACUGCAGGG